GACGCUUGUUUGGCGGCGGAUUUCAAAAUACUUUUACAACAAAAUAGAACGUUCUGAAAAUCCCGAGGGAACUUCUUUUGAGAACAUUUUGUGAAGUGUAACAUGUAGUUUGCACAGACAAGGUCUUUCUCUCAAAUUUAGCGUCGCGUUUCCUUGCUAGACGAGACGAAGUAUUGGAGUUUCAGGUGUUUUAAACUUCGACACAGUCUGGAACUUUGUGAUCUUUGUACAAAUAUUUUGACUCAAAGGUGAUAAUGUCAGUAAAAUCAUAGCUUCUUAAACUUGUAUAAAAGUCUGUACAAUGGCAGGAGAACAACCAUUGUCCCAGACUGAGAUACUCCAAAAACUGGAAAGAGUUGGCAAUUUGGAGUCAGUGGUCACAGAGCAACGCAUGAGGAUGGAAAAACUAAAGACAACAUAUGAAAUGUUGAAAGCUGAACACAUUCAACUUCAAGAGCAAAAAGAACGAAGUGAGAGAGCUUCAACUGAUGCAAGGGAAGAAAUGAAAGAAAUGCAAAAGCAAUGUCAAGAUCUCAUCACAAGAACGAGAACAGAGAAAGAUGCUAAGAUUCAAGAAUGUGAAGAACUCAGAUCUCAGGUUUUCACACCUCAGAAAAUGGAAAUCCUGAGGAUGCGAUUGCAAAGUGAAAUUGAGCAACCCUACAGACAGAGGCUAGAGGCAUUGGAAAAUGAACUUCAGAAAAGUAAAAGCAAUUUCAACAAACUCCGUUACGACUAUUCCUUUCUGAAGUCCGAAUACGAACACGAGCAUUCGCAAUAUCAAAGAAUUCAGGACGAAGUAAAAAGUCAAUAUGAAACACAGAUCGCGAACCUACAACGAGAACGCGAUUCCUUGAUGAAGAAACAUGAAGACAUGAACGAUUCACAGCGCGUGCGUACACUGCAGAGAGAGAAUACGCAGCUCAAUCUGAAGGUGAAAAGUUUGUUAAAUGAACUGGAGGAACUAAGAGAGAAGAGAGAGGCUGCUGGCUUGCAGUCCGAUCAUGUGUCUAAACUUCAAGCACGACAGCUGGCCGAAUCCACGGCUCACUGCAAAGAAUUGGAGAGUGAAAUUGAGUCGGUAAAUGCCCAGUGUCGGCGUCUUCGAACCGAGAAAGAAAAGGGUGACAAGCAACUGGACCAGACGAACAACCAGGUCUAUGAACUGGAGAAUGAAUGUAAUAGAUUGAAGGGCGGACUCCUGGACACAAAUCACAAGCACAAAGUUGAAAUAACAAACGUGAAAAUGGAAUUAACAAAGAACAGAGGGGAUUUGGAACGCGAUAGAGACAGCUUGAAACUGGAAUGCGAUUCAUUGCGAAAUAAAAUUGCCGUCUUGGAUAAUACAGUUGAACAUCUUAAUGUUGUUAUCAGUGAGAAGGAACAGGACGUCUGUAAGCGGGAGCAAGCAGCCAAAGAAAAAGAGUGGGAGAAAUUAAACAAAAUGGAACAGAAUAAUUUGCAGUUAGAAGCUACAAUAGCAGAUUUAGAAAGAACAAAAGGUGAGGCACAAAUUUCCCGCCACGAGGAAGUCAAGAAACUGGAAGAGGAAUUGAGAUCUGUACACGAGAUUAAGGAAAUUUUGGAACAAGAACUGUCCAGCAUACGAAAUCAGCUUAAACAAACGACAGACCGUUCAGAAGAACUAGAGAAGGAGAGGGCUAAAACACAAGACUUGAAGGAGAAGCAACAGAAACUACAAACACAGCUUCAAAGUGUCCUCAACAGCGAGCAACAGUUAAUGGCGGCAAAUGAAAGACUAAAGAAUACAGUUGAUCUGCUAAACGAUGAAAUUGGCAUCGCCCGAUCAGAUUUGCAACAUGCCCAGGAAGACCACGAGAAAGAGAGAGAGCAAACAAGGAAUUCGUUGAACGUUGAAAAAGAUGCACUAGAGACGAAAUACAACGAGAAACAGCAAAAAGUGUUGAAUGAAGUGAAAGACGCAAAGAAGAAAAUUGAUGCUCUGGCCAAGAAAAGACAAAAAUACAAACAGGAAAUGGCUGACAUGAAAGAGUCUAUGAAAUUGUUGAAGGCGAAGGAAGAAAUGGCGAGAGCAGAAACCGAAGCAGUAAGAAAGAAUAUGGAAGUUGAAAAUCAACGAUUACGGAAACAGUUCGAUCGACUGAGGAAACGCCAGGUGGAUUUCAGGAAUAUGCUAAACAACACAGAUUCAGCAUUUCCUCAAGCGAUCACGAGCACACCGCUUAAGUUUUCUUCUCACGUGUUCGAUCAGGAGCAACAACGGCAAGAAAUCUCAUCCGUACGAGAUCGCCUGGAUGACCUGGCAGAAAGUCAGCAAAGGCAAGCGGAUAAUCUCUUAGGGAUGUCUGAACUGACGACCAGGACUAACCUCUAUGAAGUUAAGUGAAUCUCGUAUAGUAUUUCCUGUUUACAUCGUGUUUAUAUAGAAUAUAAUAUAUAUUUUGUACAGAUUUUUAAACUAUACAUCGUCGUAAAUAUCUCAAUGCGUUCAAA